AUGUCAACACAUCGUUACAAAUGCAGCUGUGCGCGCUGCUCGCAGCAUCCAGACGGAUUCAUGUACCAGACACAGCAGGUUUUUAUGAAGCACGCGAAGAAGUGCCCCCCUGUCUUGCAACCACCGGGUGUCGAUACCAAUGCUGAUGCAGGUGCAAAUUCAAUGAACGAUACAUCCAGGUCAUCAUCUGACUCUGAGGGUACCGACCGUCGAGAGAGACUGGAGAUUCCACCUCAAGUCAGAGAGGAUGAGUAUGAUUUCGAGUUUCAGCCUAUGGAUGACCAAUGUGCGGAAGAGCAGCCUCAAUAUCCAGCAGAACGACAAGCACCUAUCCAGGAACUCCAAGACUUCAACUUCUGUCUGGUGGCAUGGCCUGACCCUUCCAAGAACAUCCAGGUGUCCGCCUUGCCUAUCUCAACACAGUCAUUGGUAAUGUCUUCAGAAAGCAAAGCAUACAAGCUACAACAGAUGCUCUCAACAAUCAGCUAA